CUCAAAAGGUUUAGUGUGAGUAGGCUUCAGAAAGGAAUACUCUUUUAAUAGAAGUAACGUUCUUCUUUUUUACCUUGUUAAGAGGGCUGUAAUUAAACAUUAUUGGUGGUUAAUCAAAUAUAUGGCUAAUAUUGUUAUAUAACAGUGAAAAAAGCCAAACAGUUACUUCUUCAAAUUUCUGCUAGACUAAAUCAAAAGUGUUGGUUAUCCAGUGAGUGUCAUUUUAAACUAACUGCAAGUCUUUUUCUGGGAAAGUUUAAGAGCUAAAAACUUGUGAAAGUACAAAAAAUGUUCAAUUAAACCUAAGGAGUAUGUUAUUCUGGCAGUGUAUGUGUUUAGUAUGUCAAGUAUUUGUUUGAUACUGGCUGAAUACACACCGGUGAGACUGCUACAUAAUAAAAGUCAAAAGCAAGACAUGAAUAAAUAAGAGUAGUACAUAAUAUAGAGACAAAUAGUAACACAAGAAUAUAAUAAUAAGUUCCACUCUCUCUCUGUAGUCGUUGCCCUUUCCUUUACAACAUAUUUGAUAUGAAUUAUUUGCCACUGCAUAAUAACACUCACAUUUCACUAAAAAUCUCUGAAAAUAAAAGUGAAUAACGGGGUUAAACAAAGCAGCAAACUAAAAGAUUUAGAGGAGUUGGAGCUCAGGAGUCAACAUCUGAAUGAAAACAAGGACCAUCUGUGCGCUGCCUCAUUAAAUGUGCAAGACCCCGUCCUAUUGGCGGGUCUAACCGGUACCUAGCUAUUUCCCCACAGCAGAUUGCAGGUGGCCAAGCAUCGAAAGUCUGAACUGCAUUCCUUACCCCGGUUGCCUUCUAAUUAGGCUUAAGGGCAAGGAGGAGCCUCGGGAGGACCUGAAAGGGGAUUCAGGAUGGAGGGAGAUGGUGUGAGAUCUCACAUGGAUGGAAGUGAACACUGAGUCUGAUAGAAAGUGAGAGAUGGAAAAAGAGAGAGGCGAGGGAAGUGCUGGGAAAAGGUGGAGACUGAGAAGAGAGAAGAUGGGAGAGAGGAGGUACUCGGUUUGGCCGCUUUACCUCUCAAUUCUGACAAGGUAGAGAAUUGUUUCAUCAUUGUACGGAUGAGUAAACUUGUCAGCGCUGGCGAGCACACCGAUUUCCUUUCAAGACUGCAAAACAAAAGCCUGCAAAAGAAGAAAGACUAUAAGAAGAGAUGAGCAGUUCAGGAUGAUAGAAAUCUGGUCGCAACUUUCCUCUGAGACCCCACAGCAGUUGUAGCCAACCUAAACCUGACCAGCAGUCCAACAGCAGCAAGAAGAGGGUGAAAGGGACGGUUAAAAUGAAGUAAGCUGCUCAUAAACCAUUGAGACACAUCAGGACGAAACUGACCAGGGAGUUUCAGCGCUCUGGUGAUGAUCUGUACAUGCAACACAACACCUGUGAAGAUGCUGCCUGAGGAUGUGACAGAUGCAGACAACAUGAGAAAACAGGAGGAUGUCUUCUAUAAAAGCCAUAUUUAUUAAUCUAUGGUUUAGGAAUUAUGGGUUGCUCAUCUUUUUGUGGGUGCAUCUCCACGACACCAAAGGAGCAGUCAUGAUUCUAUGAACCUCAAGAGUUUCAGUUUUUUUUGAAAAGACAAUCCACCAUGUUUAAACGGUGGCUUUUGGCCCUGUUGGCCCGGGUCGGCCUCAUUGUGCUGGGCCUCUGCUGCUGUCUGUCCCUGUUCUACCUCCUCGCCUGUAAGCCGACGUCACGCGGCAGCCAGCAGUCUCUGCUGUGGUCUGGAGGGGCCACCAGUAAGGAGGGAUACAUGGCCCUGUUGCAGGAGAGGGAGGACUCUCACAGACAUUACAUCAACAGCCUGACGAAGCAGAUAGCCCAGCUGAAGGAGGCUCUCCAGGAGAGGACGCAGCAGCUUCAAGAGUCCCUGGAAAAAGCUAAAACAAGAGGGAUUCUGCCUCAGGGUCUGGAGAGUCUGCACAAAACCCCAACACAGACUGACCUGAAGGAUUUCUUGCGCUCCCAGCUGAACCAGGCGGAGGUGAUCUCAGGUGUACAGCUGCCCAGCGAAUACGCAGUGAUACCUUUUGAAACUUUCACCCUGCGGAGAGUGUACCAGCUGGAGACGGGGCUGACGAGGCACCCGGAGGAGAGGCCUGUGAGGAGAGACCACAGAGACGAGCUGAUAAGCACAGUGGAAACAGCUCUGCACGUCCUGAACGGACCUCAGCAACACACAGACAACACCAGACGGAAGCAUGCUUACUCCCCGUCCGACUUCAUAGAGGGGAUGACCCGUACAGUACGGGACAGGGGAACCGUCUACGAGCUGACGUUUAAAGGCGACGGCCCGCGGGGCUUCACACAGCUCGUGCUCUUCCGGCCGUUUGGUCCCAUGAUGAAGGUGAAGAGCGAGAGCAUGGAUACCCGCAGCAUGCUCAUCAACAUCAUCGUACCUCUUUCCAAGAGGCCGGACACAUUCAGGCAGUUCAUCAACAACUUCAGAGAAGUGUGCAUCCAGCAGGACGGCAGGGUUCAUUUGACUGUUGUCUACUUUGGUCGAGAUCAGAUAGAUCAGGUGAAAGCCAUGCUGGACCAGACCACAAGAGAGACUCGGUUCAGGAGCUUCACUUUGAUCCAGCUGAAUGAGGAGUUUUCUCGUGGGCGUGGUUUAGACGUGGGCGCCAGGGCAUGGAGGCACAGCCAAAAUGUCCUGCUCUUCUUCUGUGACGUUGACAUCCACUUCACCGCUGACUUCUUAACUUCCUGUCGUCUCAACGCAGAGCCUGGUAAGAAAGUGUACUAUCCAGUGCUCUUCAGCCAGUACAACCCCUCUAUUAUCUACAGUAAUCAGACACGUCUACCCUCUGUUCAACAACAACUGGUGAUGAGGAAGGACACUGGAUUCUGGAGAGACUUUGGGUUUGGCAUGACAUGCCAGUACAGGUCUGAUUUCCUCAACAUAGGUGGUUUUGACCGUAACAUCAAAGGUUGGGGGUUGGAGGACGUGCACCUCUACAGGAAGUACCUUCACAGUAAGCUGAUGGUGAUACGCUGUCCGUCUCGCGGCCUUUUCCACUUGUGGCACGAGAAGAACUGUGCAGACGAGCUCCCUCCAGACAAAUACAAGAUGUGUAUGCAGACCAAAGCCAUGAGCGAGGCCUCGCACGGCCAGCUGGGGGAGCUGCUCUUCAAACGAGAAAUUGAGGUUCAUUUGAGCUCCCAGAAGCAGAGGAACAGAGCAACAUGAUGGGGACAAUAAAAUAGGGCUUUGGUGACGUUAUUAGUCACUGUUCUGUAAGUUCACGAUAAUGUAUGUUUACUUACAUUAACUAUUCAGCUUCAAACAACAGAUGAUUUACUGGGAUUAUUGUUCUCCAUAUGGACACAUAAACUUGUGAAAAUAAUCACUGAUAUAUUUUGUGUGAAUACAAAUAUGACCUAUUGGUGUGCUGUAUGUUUUCUUUCCAUAGAAAAG